CAUAAACAAGGAGGGGCGGGGUAGAUAGGGGAAAGUGCAGAACUAAGCAGUCUAGUGAGGUCCAUUUACUCCACAGCAGGUAAGAAAAUGUUUUUAUCCCUUGAAAUACUAACCUCCAUCCAUCCAUCCAUCCACCCGUCCACCUGUCCACCCACCUACCAUCUGUCAUCUACUUCCUCACUUAGGUACAUCUCCCAAAUUGUUUGAACAAAAUGAAAUUUUAUCCUAUACUUUGUUUUUCCUUGAAGGUACAGGAUAAAGAAUGGGAGAAAACUGGAAAAGACAACAAAAACCUUGGAAAGUUCCACAGAUUCCGUACAUUCGAGUCCCUGCUUCUGCCUCAGACACUUCAUUACUGAAGGACCUGACCCAAGGGCAGCAGCGCUACUUCUACAGCAUCAUGAGGAUUUACAGCUGUAGCCCCCAGUGGGAGGCCCUGCAGACCUGCUACCUUCACAGCCUUCAGCGCCAGCAGCUGCUCGGCUAUAUUACUCAACGGGAGGCGUUGGCUUGUGCUGCUGUCCUGAGAGAUUCAGCCAACGCAGCCUCAGCCAAAGUAGCCCGUCAAAGAGCCAUCUUCCCCAGGAAGGCUUCAGCUGUGGCAAGAAAAUGGCCGCCGACACGAUCUGUGUCUGUGCUUCCGCCCAGGGCCCAAAGCGCAGGGCUCCGAUGCUUUCAGGAACCGUGGUUUACUUAA